AUGAGUGGGGAAGACGAUGAACAUCGUUUUAUAAAAUGUGUUUUGGUAGGUGACGCGACUGUUGGAAAAACUUGUAUGGUGAAGAGUUAUGCAACUAAUAUAUUUCAGAAGGAAGAUAUUAUGGGACCAUGCGAUGAUCAUACAGUAAAUGUCACUAUAGAGGAAACAUCUUACCAACUGGGGUUAUUUGAUACUCAUGGAAUGGACGAUUACUGCCGUGUACGUGCCCUAACCUACCCUUGCACACAUGUAUUCCUUUUAUGUUACUCUGUUAUUGAUCCAAAUGGUAUGGAUAAUGUGUUACAGCAAUGGGUACCGGAAGUGCAGCAUUUUUCGCCUACUUCCGCUUUUCUCAUAGUGGGAACUAAAAUAGAUCUACGAGAUGAUGAAUAUGUGCUGCGAGAACUUCAACAAAAAUAUAGAUCAAAACCAGCAACUCAUGAGGAAGGUACCAAAUUAGCUAAGAAAGUUAAUGCAUAUGGUUAUGUAGAAUGUAGUUCUUUAACUCAGCAGGGUCUCAAGGACGUUUUUGAUGAGGCAAUUUUAGCCGUUUUGUCUCAAAAAAUUAAGAUUCGUGCUCCUAGACGAAAAUGUGUAAUUUUAUGA